AUGAAAGUAAAUAAUAUAGGAAAUAAUGAGAAAACAAAUGACAAAGUAAAUGACGUAACACAAUGUGAUGACAUUAGGGAAGAGAAAGAAAAUAUGGUUUCAUUGAGAGGCUUUAAUUUAUCAUAUAAAGAUAAAUUGGAUAAUUUAAAAACAAUUAAAAAUAUUGAUAAUAAUAAGAAAAUUAUAAAAUUAGUAUUGGAAGAUGUUGAUAUGGACCCAAAGAUUAUUAUGCAGCAUGUUGUAGAUCUAUUAAAAGAAAAAACGAGUUUAUAUACCAUUAUUGAAAUAAAUAAGGAAAAAUACAAACUCAAGUAUACUGAAGUGACACCUGAUGAUUAUAUCCUAUUUCCUGAACAUGUUCAUAAUAUUGUAAAUUGUAAAUAUGCUUAUAUAGGUAUUUUGAAAGUUUCUAAGUAUGCCCAAAGAUGUACGUUUAAUGAGAAAUCUCUUCAGGCAUGGCAAAACAUUCCGAUGGAUUUUUGA